GCAUGAGAUCACCGUGGCACAGCUGCAUGUGUAGUCACUCUUGAAGCAAUUGCACACCUAAUUGGCUGACAAUCUUGGCAUUUUUAAAACAAACACAAGCCUUUUAAGGACAGGGGACGUAUUCAUGUAUGAAUAGUCAAAUAAACCUGUUGGGUGUCAUCAAUGGAGCCCUCUGGCACUGAACAGUUGUGUGAUGACCCUGAUCCUGGAGGCAAAUCCCAAGAUCAAGAGACCAAAAAACAACAUGAAUCAGAGCAAAAAUUGUCCAAAAUAACCCAUAAUGCUUUGGAGAACAUUAAUGUGAUUGGUCAAGGCUUGAAGCACCUUUUCCAGCAUCAGCGCAGGAGGUCGUCAGUCUCUCCGCACGAUGUGCAGCAAGCUCAGGCUGAUCUGGAGCCUGAUGUGGAUUUGGAAAGCCAAAGCGUCUGUGCUGAAAUUGAUGGUGUCUCCACCCACCCCACAGCUCUGAACCGGGUCCUUCAGCAGAUCAGAGUGCCACCUAAAAUGAAGAGAGGGACCAGCCUGCACAGCAGGCGGGGCAAGGCAGACGCCCCGAAGGGGAGCCCGCAGAUCAACAGGAGAUCUGCCCAGGACGUUCAGUCAGGCCGGCCCAGGUCGUCAUCUACCACGGAUGCUCCCACAAACUUGUCCGUGAUGGAGAUUGCUUCUUCUAUCUAUGUAGGUGGAGAGGAGGCUACGGCAGCAGCAAUCGAGCGAUUGGAAGUCAGCAGCCUCGCGCAGACCUCCAGUGCAGUGGCCUCGAGCACCGAUGGCAGCAUCAACGCGGACUCUGUUGAUGGGACCCCAGAUCCCCAGCGGACAAAAGUGGCUAUCACACACCUGCAACAGAAGAUACUGAAGUUGACCGAGCAGAUCAAAAUCGAACAAACGGCCCGUGAUGACAACGUGGCAGAGUACCUGAAACUGGCCAACAAUGCAGACAAGCAACAGAGCGCCCGCAUUAAGCAAGUGUUUGAGAAGAAAAAUCAAAAGUCAGCCCAGACCAUCUUGCAGCUGCAGAAGAAACUAGAACAUUACCAUCGAAAACUGCGAGAGAUUGAGCAGAAUGGGAUCCCUCGGCAGCCAAAGGAUGUCUUCAGGGAUAUGCAUCAGGGUUUGAAAGAUGUUGGAGCAAAAGUCACUGGCUUCAGUGAGGGAGUAGUCGACAGCGUAAAAGGUGGGCUUUCCAGUUUCUCCCAAGCCACCCAUUCAGCAGCAGGAGCUGUGGUUUCCAAACCCCGGGAGAUUGCUUCCCUCAUAAGGAACAAGUUUGGGAGCGCAGACAACAUUGCCAAUCUGAAAGACUCCUUAGAAGAAGGCCAGGAAGAUGGGACGGGAGGCAAGGCUCUAGGUGUUAUUCAGAACUUUCAGUCGAGCCCAAAAUAUGGCAGUGAAGAGGAUUGCUCCAGUGCCACGUCGGGCUCAGUGGGAGCCAACAGCACAACAGGGGGCCCUGUGGGAGCUUCUAGCUCCAAAACAAACACUCUGGAUAUGCAGAGCUCAGGGUUUGAUGCAAUACUGCAUGAGAUUCAAGAAAUUCGAGAGACACAGGCAAGACUGGAAGAAUCAUUUGAGGACCUUAAGGUUCGCUAUCAGAGGGAUUACUCAUUAAUAAUGCAGACUCUGCAGGAGGAGCGGUACAGAUGCGAAAGACUGGAAGAGCAGCUGAAUGACCUGACCGAGCUCCACCAGAACGAGAUCCUCAACUUAAAGCAGGAGCUGGCCAGCAUGGAGGAGAAAAUCGCCUAUCAGUCCUACGAGCGAGCGCGGGACAUCCAGGAGGCCCUGGAAGCCUGCCAGACCCGCAUCUCCAAGAUGGAGCUGCAGCAGCAGCAGCAGCAGGUGGUGCAGCUGGAGGGGCUGGAGAACGCCACGGCCAGGAACCUGCUGGGGAAGUUCAUCAACAUCCUCCUGGCUGUCAUGGCCGUCCUCCUCGUCUUCGUCUCCACUGUGGCCAACUGCGUCGUGCCCCUCAUGAAGACUCGCAAUAGGACGUUCAGCACUUUAUUUAUAGUGGUUUUCAUUGCCUUUUUGUGGAAGCACUGGGACGCCAUCACCGGCUACUUGGAACGGUUCUUGUCUCCCCCCAGAUGAUGGCGGCAGGAAUUGGCUGCAUCGCCCUCCUCCCGGCGCUCUCAGCGAGCAAGCGUGGCAAAGAUUAGUCAGCAACUACUCUGCUGAAGUUUUAAAGUGUCCGAGUGAAUUUGUUUACAUUUAGAAUAACGUUUUUUCUCUGCAAGAUGCAUUGCAAUAGUAUUUUUUAGAUUUUAUUCAAGAACUCUUUUUGGCGAGAAUCCUGGAUAAUUUUUAUGUAGCAUGGUUCUCUUUGGAUGCAAAUCUUAAGAUUCUUUAAAGUGUACAAAAGAAAUAAAUAAAAUACAGAAAUUUGGAGCAUACCAAUGGGCAAUUUAAAUUGUGGCUUGAACUACUGUACUAAACCUGUCAGGAAGGAGAGAAUGUGGUUAGCUUAAGAUGAGCAAAGCUAAAUCUAGUGCACAGCCUUGAACGAUGGUACCACAGCAAACCUGUAACACUAAACUUUUACUGUGAAGUCUGCUCACAUUCCAUGUCCAAACGUGUGCGUUCAGAGUGGUUUCUUUCCUUAACAAGAGAAAAACAGCAACGUGUGGAUCUCUUCCCCCAGCUCAGCGUCUGGGUUCACCGUUUGUACUAACCUGACCUACAAGAACUGUCUCUAAGGCUGGCUAACUUUGCUAAGCGUAUGAAGUGGAAGGCUCAUGCCAUACACAGUAACUGCACGGUCGUGCUACAGUAUUUUGAAGUAGUCCUUGAAAUACUUAUCUUUAAGCAGAAGCCCUUGGUCGCACUUUUAAGGUUUUUUUUAUAUAUGUAUAUUCACAGAUUUAAAAAAAAAUCCAAACAGCAUACUUGAAGAGUGUAAUACUCAAACUCUCAGUGCUUCCUUAUUGUUUCUAAUAGGAUUUUUUAUUAUAAUUAUUAUUAUUAUUAUUGGGGGUUUUUUUGGAAGGGGUCGGGAGGGUCAUUGCGUUUUUUUUUUUUUUCCUUUUAAAUAAAGAAGUGAUGUUUUCAAAUGAAGAAAUGCGUGAAUAAUUGUGAGCUGUCUUGUCCUGAAACAGUUUUGAGGAGGGCAGAGAGUAGUUUCUAGUGCCAGCCUGUCUGGAGCGCAGCGCUGUUCAUACGCCAUCUAUCUGUCCUCGGAGCAUACAGAUGCAGCAUCAUGAAAAACAUCUCUAUCUUCUCCACACGUUUUUGUCAUGCAGGGCUUUUUUUUUCUUUUUUUUUCUUCUUUCUCCAGAUAUGAAGGACAGUAUGUUUGUAUUCCUCAUUUCCACGUCAUCUCUCAUUCCUGGCCUCAGGAUAAGAAUAAGGAAUUUCUCUUCAUGCCUUCUUAGGGAAAAGACAUGUUCUUUUAAGGAAAGAAAUACUGAAUCAACAAUCCACUUAGAAGAAUGGUUGUCUCAGAAAUAUCUCUGAUUUAAUUUUUAAAUAAACCCUUAAAAAGUGAAACCAAAGUUUUCCUCCUGUCAGGCUCUGGUACGGUCAUUUGUGUGUCUGUGUAGAGACCUUUGCGCGCUGCAGCUGUGAGCUGUGACGUAGAGAGCAUCCUCCUCUUCAGCCCUGGGGCAAGCACUUGUGUCGGUACCUUCUCGAAGCUCGAAAGGAAACGUCAGCUUCAAAUGUAACUCUCAAGUCGUGGUGACGUGCUGUUGCUGGGGACCUGUUGGUGCUGGCAGGCUUCGUGCCCAAGGCAUCUGCCUUCCCUCUGCUUGUUUUUAACUGGUGUCCCUGUCACUGUAACAAAGCCAAGAUUCAACUUCCCUCUCCAUGAAAUCCAAAAAGGCUCCAGGAUUCUCUUUCAAAACCGUUUAUGGUGUUUAGUUAGAUCUUACUGUUUUCCUUCCUUCCAGGCUUAAGUUCCCUCUAAGAACCAAAUGUUGCCCAAGUGACCUAAACCAGUCAAAAUCAUACAUAUAUGGAACAUCAUAUAUAUAUACACACACACACAUACAGAACCCUCGGACUUUUUUUGCUACGAUGCAGAUUCUGGGUUCUGAGAAAUUCCCUCAAACUAGAUUAAUUGCCCUGAGGGUCUUCUGAUUGCCAGCGGAGACAAGCCCCCUGCCGUCCAGCCAUCCUCCUUCCUUCGAAGAUUGUGUUUUGUUUUGCCAUGGUCACAGGAAACUCAGGUACCCCUCUCUCUCCCCAGGGAUCCCAGCACACUUCCUGCCGCCACCUGCACUAAUCUGCUCCUGUCCUACUUAAAACAAAUUGCCAAUUGCAACUGGCUCAAGCCAAAAAUAAUCAUGUUUUCCAGAGAGCCGCAGACAGAGCACAGAUUGCGUAAACAUCCCCUCCCUCCACCGUGCUGCCAGCGCCAGCCACGCUCUCUUCUGUUUACCGCCCUUCUCCAGCUGAUUCAGACGACAUGGGUAGCCCAUUACGUAGCGUUUGUCAGAAACGAAGAACUGAUUUGGCACGUAAUUGAAAAGCUUUGUUGCCUUUAUUCUGAAACCUGGCCUUUGCACCUCUGUUUUUCUCAGUUCUGAUCACACUAGAAUUGCUCCUGGUAGGUUUUUAUGCGGUGAAAGCAGGAAGGAGUUGAAAGCCAAUGGAUCUGGACACUUGGUGCCACUUGGUUGUAGUGUUUGAAGGAAGUGUUUGUCCCUCCUCUUCUUUAUGUCCUAAUUUCAUUUAGUGUCUCAGCUCUGAGUUGUCUUCAGUAAAUAAUUGCUAAUUUGCCAGAAGGCACAGGCUUAAUAGGAACUUAUCACCUCAAAACUGUUCGGUGAAGGCCAUGUACGUGUGGUUCUGGACAAUGUCUGUCUGUCUGUCUGUCUCCUUCUCUCUCGACAGUUCCUUCCAUUCCAGAAAGUUGUCUGCAGUAAUGCCAUGUAUGAUGCUGCAUCCACUUCUCAUAUCCUGACACAACUGCCAUGUGUUUUGCCUUUGCAUUAGCAGAACGUUUUGGGGUUUUCCUCCCUCUUCACUUUGAAGGUCUGUGAUGAUUUCUGAUAGCUUAACAAUGAUUAUAUUGUUGGAAAUGUGAUUCUAGCUUUAAAGCUCCUCUCCUUGUAAGUGGUUGUGUUUGCUUUCCUGAUGAAGCGUUUCUGGAUGACACGUAGAAGACAGUUUUGCCACGGAUGUGAGUGUGCGUGUGAGUACCUUUCAUUAGCCUUCCUAUGGAUGUCAACUUUUUAGUGACCGUCUCUGAGUUGCGGAAUGUUUCCCAAGACGUUUCAUAUUCAGAGUUGAAACGAUUCUGAAAUUGCUUAGAUAUGUUGAGCACAUAUCAACUUGGCGUAUAAAAAGGGAAGAAUAUAAUGGACUGCGUUAGUUCAAAAAGCAGCAGCUCUUCAUUGCAAUUCUGUGGUUCAAAUGAAGUUCGUGUUUCCCCCAUUUGCUUUUGCGAUGUAAAAAAGAAAGCAAAUUUUGAUGCAAAAAAAAAUUUACCAUUUUAAAUUUUAUAAAGUUCUCUUUUCUGUCAGCCUCAUUAGUUUAGUUUAAUGAUACUGAGCAUGCUCACAGCAAUUACUUCGUUGGUUUAUUCCAGUCCCAUGAAUUCUUAGGGUCUGAUCAGAUUAAAUGUUGAGUUCUGUACACGUUGCAUCGGGACAGAAAAGCACUGUCUUUCAGCUUUGAAAAUAUGCAUUUUUUUAAUUAAAAAAGCAGCAUUAUAACAAAAGAAGCCAAGCUACAAAGGGGUUCAAGAUUGGGUAGUUUUGCCAGUUUUUAAGUGAAUUCUGAAUGUGGCUAAAGAGUUAAAAACCCUGUGUGUCUGUGUUGUGUAUGCCAGGUGGUAUAGUAGUAGGCAACUGACUUAGCUGUAAGUGUGUUUUAAAAGUGUAAAAAAAUAAACAGAAAAACUCACUUGCACGGGUUGAAAAGUACAGAAAUGACACUUGUGAACGUAACACUGUAGUUUAUAGAUCUUAAGCUGCUAAUUGUUGAGAGAGAUUUACAUUUGUCUUGUCUGAUUGUCGCAGAUUUAUCUGUGGCACUUUUACUGUAUAUAAAAAACUUUAAAUAAAGACCUCAGCUAUUAACACUGG